CAUUGAUCAAGUACGGCGUCUUUGCAGGGACGAAAAGCAUCAAAAAGCCUGGCCUGGAAGCGUCACGUGUUACGUUGACAUCCGCUCAUGCGCAGUGCGUACCAAGCCGCGAACAUGUCGCUCACGAAGUCCGUCUACAAUCUUCUCUUCAGGAGAACAUCCACUUUCGCCAUUACCAUCAUGGUUGGAGCAGUCUUCUUUGAGCGGCUAUUCGACCAAGGUGGCGACGCGAUCUUUGAACAAAUGAAUCGCGGGAAACUAUGGAAACACAUUGAACACAAUUACCAGAACAACGACGAGGAAUAGGACGCGGCAGCGGGGUUAUCUAAGGCUGAAGUGCAACUGUUGUCACACUUCCUUCCUCCAUUCUUCCAUCCACACCUGAAACAAGUAUCAGUCAACAUGGACACUUUGCCCAAAGUCAUGCCCAGGCUGCCAGCGGCGACCAGAGGACCUGUGGGAGCUGACUGACUGACCACCAUGAAGAUGGAGCAGUGGUCCCCUCGUCUCACCCUCCCUGUCAUUUGUAAUGGCUUCGUUCUCCUCACAGAUUGUAAAUGGUUAAAUUAAACAUGUGUUAAUGUCUUA